GGUCUGUCAUCAGCUGUAAACUUCAACUAUACAGGGUGACUGAGGUGGUUGUUUUUGUUCACAGUGGCCGUUGAUGGACCCUCCGUAUGAAGACACAGGGCUACAAUGGGACAGAGUACCUCGGAUCAUGAGGUCCAGGGAGACAACUCAGAGGACGGAUUUAAUAACAUAAUCGAGGAGGAAGACCUUCACACCAGCAUGAUGGUGGGGAUGGUGACCGGCGCUGCUAUUGUAAUGGUGCUUGUCGCUAUCCUCAUCUUCUUUGUCCUGCGGAGGAUAAAACUACGCAAUAUGGAAGCUCAGGAGGCACCAAAAUACCGCUUCCGCAAAAGGGACAAAGUCAUGUUUUAUGGCCGAAAGAUUAUGCGUAAAGUCUCACAGUCUACCUCUUCUCUGGUUGGUACAUCUUCUUCUGCAUCUCGAUCCCGGCUGAAAAAGAAACAGAAGAUGCUCAACAUUGCCAAAAAGUUUCUGCGCUUUAAUAAAGAGGUUCCUGUCCUGGAGGCGAAGGAGCCCCCGCCAUCAGUGCUUGAAGCGGACCUCACUGAGUUCGAUGUGGCCAACUCUCAUCUUCCCUCUGAGGUUCUCUACAUGCUCAAAAAUGUUCGUGUGCUGGGUCACUUCGAAAAGCCCCUCUUCCUGGAGCUGUGCAAACACAUGGUGUUUCUGCAGUUCCAACAGGGGGAGUACGUCUUCAGGCCGGGUCAACCUGACAGCAGCAUCUACGUGGUGCAGGACGGAAAACUUGAACUCUGCCUUACUGGACUGGAUGGAAAGGAAAGUGUGGUGAAGGAAGUUUUCCCAGGAGACAGCGUCCACAGCCUUCUCAGUAUCCUGGACGUCAUCACGGGUCAUCAGAAGCCUUACAGAACUGUGUCGGCCCGGGCAGCUGAGGUCUCCACUGUUGUCCGCUUACCUGUGGAGGCUUUUCUCUCUAUAUUUGAGAAGUACCCGGAGAGCCUGGUUCGAGUGGUGCAGAUUAUUAUGGUUCGCCUGCAACGAGUCACUGUUCUGGCCCUGCACAACUACCUGGGGCUGACCAAUGAACUCUUCAGCCAUGAAAUGCAGCCAUCCCGUCUACCACCUCCUUCUCCACACCCAACUCGGACUAGUCCAAUCCGCCAUGGCAAGCGUUUUGGCAGUCUGACAGUACCAGAGGAGCAAAGGGAAGCUGCUGUCAAAGAAGCUGAACAAGGCAAGGAUGGAUCAUCAGGUCCAACUCUGAGCAGGACCAUCUCCAUGCCUGUGGACAUUGCUGGUAUCCAGAAGAGUCUGAGAACAGACUUUGACAUGGCUUAUGAAAGAGGACGCAUCUCUGUCUCGGCAGAAGAGGGCAACACGCCUCCUUCCUUCUCUCGGUCUGUGUCCCAGGACCAGCGCGAGAGGAGAGUGAUGGUGGAAGACGUCCCAUCAGGGAUUUACCUGUAUCCAGAACGAGAACCGGGAGCAGACAACAUCUUCACACCUGUUACCAGUCGAUACAAUGCGUCUUUGUUUGAGGAAGCUCAGAAGGAGAUUCUCAAGCUGAUGAGAAUCGAGGACCCUUCAUUGUUGAAUGGACGAGUGACGCUGCAUCAUGCCAAAGCUGGAGCUGUCUUAGCCCGGCAGGGAGACCAGGACGUGAGUCUGCACUUCGUCCUGUCUGGCUGCCUACAUGUUUACCAGCGGAUGAUCAACAAGCAGGAGGCGGUGUGCUUGUUUGUCACCCACCCUGGGGAGAUGGUGGGUCAGCUGGCUGUUCUCACCGGGGAGCCGCUCAUAUUCACCAUCAAGGCCAUGCGGGACUGCACUUAUCUCAAAAUCUCCAAAUCUGACUUCUACGAGAUCAUGAGGGAGCAGCCCAAUGUUGUCCUCAGUGCGGCGCACACCGUUGCCAUCCGAAUGUCUCCUUUCGUGCGACAGAUGGACUUUGCGAUUGACUGGAUGGCUGUUGAGGCGGGUCGAUCCCUCUACAGACAGGAUGACAAGUCCGACUGCACCUACAUUGUUUUGAACGGGCGUCUGCGUUCAGUUAUCCGCAAGGCAAAUGGGAAGAAAGAACUUGUUGGGGAAUAUGGAAGAGGAGAUCUUAUUGGAGUGGUGGAGGCCUUAACUAAGCAGCCCCGAGCCACAACUGUCCAUGCUGUGAGAGACACUGAGCUUGUGAAGCUGCCAGAGGGAACGCUCAACAACAUCAAGAGACGUUAUCCACAGGUUGUGACGCGGCUGAUUCAUCUGUUGGGCCAGAAAAUUCUGGGCAAUCUUCAGCAGGGUCGCGGCCCAUUCUCAGGUUCAGCCCUGAGUCUGCCCAGCAUGACCACCAGUCCAGAUAUCACUAAUCCUGCCAGCAACCUCUCCACUGUGGCCGUGCUGCCAGUGUGUGAUGAUGUGCCCAUCAAUGCUUUCAACCUGGAGCUCAGCCAUGCUCUCAGUGCCAUUGGCCCUACGCUUUUGUUAACUAGUGACAUCAUCCGAGAAAGACUCGGGGCGUCUGCUCUGGACAGUAUCCAUGAGUACAGACUGUCCGGCUGGCUGGCCCAACAGGAAGAUAUCAACAGGAUCGUCUUGUAUCAAACCGACAACAGCAUGACCCCAUGGACACAACGCUGCAUCCGCCAGGCGGACUGUAUCCUGAUCGUGGGCCUUGGCGAGCAGGAACCCACCCUGGGAGAGUUGGAGCAGAUGUUAGAAAACACAGCUGUCCGAGCUCUGAAGCAGCUGGUGCUUCUCCACAAAGAAGAUGGUCCCGGUCCCUCUCGGACAGUCGAGUGGCUCAACAUGAGGAGUUGGUGCUCAGGACAUUUACACCUCAAGUGUCCUCGCAGGGUCUUCUCCAGACGCAGCCCACCUAAACUGCGAGAGAUGUACGAGAAGGUGUUUGAGAAAACUGCUGACAGACACAGUGAUUUCUCACGACUGGCACGAGUCCUGACUGGGAACAGCAUCGCCCUUGUACUGGGAGGAGGGGGAGCAAGAGGCUGCUCCCACGUGGGCGUGAUCAAGGCCAUGGAGGAAGCCGGGAUACCUAUAGACAUCGUGGGCGGCACCUCCAUUGGCUCCUUCAUCGGUGCUCUGUACGCUGACGAGAGAAGUGCUGUACGAACCAAACAAAGAGCUCGAGAAUGGUCCAAGGCCAUGAACUCCAUUUUUAAAAAGGUCCUGGAUCUGACCUACCCGAUCACCUCCAUGUUUUCUGGCUCUGCUUUCAACACCAGCAUCUACAAGGUGUUUGAGGACAAGCAGGCUGAGGAUUUAUGGCUCCCAUACUUUAAUGUCACGACUGACAUCACAGCUUCAGCCAUGCGUGUCCAUCAGGAUGGUUGUGUCUGGCGCUAUGUUAGAGCCAGUGCCUCCUACACCCCAUAUUUACCUCCCUUGUGCGACCCCAAGGAUGGCCACUUGCUUGUGGAUGGUUGCUAUGUUAACAAUGUCCCAGCUGAUAUUGCCAGAAACAUGGGGGCCAAGACCGUGAUCGCCAUCGAUGUGGGGAGUCAGGACGAGACGGACCUCUGCAACUACGGCGACAGUCUCUCUGGCUGGUGGUUGCUGUGGAAACGGCUCAAUCCCUGGGCAGAAAAAGUGAAAGUGCCAGACAUGGCAGAGAUCCAGUCGCGGCUGGCUUACGUGUCGUGCGUUCGGCAGCUGGAGAUGGUGAAGAAGAGCGCUUACUGCGAGUACAUCAGACCCCCCAUCGACUGCUUCAAGACCAUGGACUUCGGCAAAUUUGAUGAGAUUCAUGACGUGGGCUUCGAGCACGGCAAGCUGCUGUUCACUGCGUGGGCUCAGGGUGACAUCAUCUCAAACAUACUGAAGGACCACCGUUGUGCCGACUACAAUGACAGCAAGAGGACUGAUACCUGCACUUGUCCCGCAGCCGACUUCACUGACCUCGCCGAGAUCGUGUCCCGGAUAGAGCCGGUGCAAAGUUACGUCUCCGCUGAAGCGGAGGAGUCCGACUAUCAGACGGAGUAUGAGGAAGACGGCAUGGACACGGUGAGAGAGGAGGAAGGCGAGGAAGGAGAGGAGGUGGAGGAGGAGGUCGAUGAUCCUGUGGAUUGGGGCCCAAAUGGAGAGUCUGUCGAUCACAACUCUCUUGCCAGACUGAUGCUAGAGGCGUGCGGCGGCGGAGGAUUCUCACCAGCGACACGUCUGAAGUCUCCGACUGCUGAGUGAAAACUGAGAUGAAGUCAAAACACCCUCCACCUCCACCACCACCACAAUCCUCUCUCACCUAAGUGUGACACCAUCAGGGAGGAGUGUCACCGGUCUCACAACUGAUGCGGGAUCGUUUUGGGUAGAAAAAGGGGGCCGGAACAAGCAUUUCUGGAGAGCAGUAGAAGGCAGCUGUACUGAGUCUUAGACGCCACGUGUGCAGGGAUGAGCCAGUGUGUUUGUGUCGUGCCUUUUUGCCUGGGUGAAGGUUGAGAAAGUGAAGCAGAACUAUGAAAGGAAAGUUUUGGAAUGAAUGAUUGAAGAAGAAGAAACCAGACUAGACUGAGUUGAGGUGUUUUAGUUUUUUUUUUGCAGGUGAUGCGCUUGAGUUUCCAUUAACACGGGUAAACAGACGUGUUGCUUUUAAUCCCAUGUAAAUCACCAGUCAGUAUUGCAGAGGUUUGAAUCUGAGGUGUCCACCUGCAGGACGCAGUGCUGUUGCCAGUAUAUACUGAGUGGAUUCAGGACAUCAUCAAUGAUGGACCUGACGUACAUCAUUUUGUGGCCAGUUCACCAGGAAAGAAGAUGGUUGGGAGGACGGGGGGGAAAUGGCCUGACACAAUUGUUUUGGGGUUGUUGACCUUCAUCUAGUUUAGAUUGAGAUGGGUGCAAAAACAAGGCGUCUGGUUUAAAAGAAGAAGUCUGUUUUGAAAUAGACUAGAUCUGGGCAUGUGAGGAAAAUGGAUCUGAGAAAAGAAAUGGUUGUAGUGUUGCAACGCUGGCGACCGGUCGCCUGAGGUUGAGGAUGGAUGAGACGUGGGAUAGAAAAGAGGCUGGACUAGCAAGUGUGAGUGAGGUGUGAAUGGAUGCACUGAUAACAUAGGAAGUUUUAUUUAAUAUUUAUGAUACAUGCUCCGCGGAGACUAACUUGGGAGUCCAGUGUGUACAAAUGCGGUCAAUUUAAACAGGAGGUUUGAAUGUUUUAUUUAUUUAUGCACUUUUAUCUGUCAUGUGCUUUAAACAAAAAACUUCAUAUGUCGAUUGAGGAACGCUGCAGUGGAGGAAUCUGCACUGUCACCAGAAGUUCAAGCUUCUCUUAGUUGCUCACAGAAAUCUGGAUGAAUUCUGAACAUCAAUACGGACACGCUGUGCUCGAACCCACGCAAAAUCACGUGCACACGCCAUGUGUUUAGCUGCUGAUGUGCUUCGAAUAUAUAUAUUCAUAAAUGAGGUGCACAAUUUGAUCGGACCACUUGCUCAGCUGUUUUCAUUUUUCAUCCGUGCGAACUACUGUGCUCAGCAUUUAACUUAAGCUUUUGUUCUCACCGAAUAGUUGAGGGAUUCCUUUUUAUUGAUGAACUACUUGAAUUUUAUUUGUAAAUGCCAAGAUGAAGUGAACAGAAAUGGAUGAGUGAGAAUAAAUAUGUUCAUCUUAUCAGACAAGUGUGGCCUGU